GGGACAACAAGGAUGUUUGCACAUUACCAUCACAAACGCGAAAACGAUAGAUAAUUGUUGACACAAAUUUCAGACUCGCGUUUUGCUUUACCUCCGUUCGGAUUAUUCGAUAUUUUCUCGAACCUGAUAUUGCCAUAGUGCCAUCAUCAUGUCGCUCUGGGGCUUCCUCCGUGGCCAGUUCAUGACGCUCCCCGUCCCUGACGAGGACUGUUCUGGCAGGACCAUUAUCGUCACUGGGGCCAAUGUCGGUCUUGGCUGUGAGGCAGCACGGCAUUUUGUGCGGCUCGGCGCGUCAAAGGUGAUCCUCGCAUGCCGCCGAAUUGAUAGUGGCGAGAAGGCGCGACAAGAUAUUGAAGCAUCAACCCAACGACAAGGCGUUGUGCAAGUCUGGCACCUGGAUCUCUCGUCGUCAGACAGCGUCCGCGAGUUUGCAGCUCGUGUUGAUAAGCUUGACCGUGUUGAUGUGCUGCUAAACAAUGCUAGCUUGCUCUCCUUCCAGAAGGAGAUGGUCGAAGGACAUGAGCUUCACUUGCUCGUGAAUGUCAUCUAUACAUGUUUGCUUUCCAUCCUGGUAUUGCCAAGUUUGCGCCGCACCGCAGCGAAGUUUAACGUCACGCCGCGUCUCACCGUUGUGGCUUCCGAUGGUGCAUUUCUGGCCCAGUUUCCCGAGGCUAAAGCAGACCACAUCUUCCAAGAACUAGACGCUGAUCCGAGCGUGAUGAACCGGUACUGCGUAACUAAGCUCCUUCAGCUCAUGGCCAUGAAGCGCCUAGGCGAGGCCGUCGACGCAUCGGGAAAGGGUCACAUCAUUGUCAACGGAGUGACGCCUGGUCUCUGUCGGACCGAGCUGUAUCGGAGUUGGCAGUUUCCGCUUAACCUAGCCGUGAAGGCGUUCAACAUGCUCAUGGCGCGGACGGCAGAAAUGGGCUCGCGGACGCUCGUGGCGGCAGCGGUGGCGGGCGAGGAGACGCAUGCGAAUUGGAUGGCUGAUUGUCGCUUGUAUGUUUGGCCGAAUAGCAUGAAGGGGGAUGAGGGAGAGAAGUUGACUAGCAAGGUUUGGGAGGAGUUGAUGGAGAUUCUUGAAGGUGUUGAGCCUGGUGUGAAGGAUAUCAUCUAGGGUUUCUAGGCUGUGUCCAUUUUAGUUGGGUGACCCCAUCAAGGUCAUGCUUCAUGUCUAUUUACGCGUGUACAAAAUUGUAGGGGUAUUAUCUUGAUUGAAGCAAUUCGUCUGGCGGUUCA